GCGCAGUUGCAGAAAGGAGAGCGGUUGCCAAGGCAGCCACCAAUCUCCCCUCCCCCUUUUUCCUCCAUUCCUCUUUCCCGUUUAUUAUCGGCAGAGGUCGCAUGGCAGAGGGAAGUCCAACCACUUCUGUACUGGAACCAAUGCAAGAAUAUGCACCUCCAUGACAAAGCCUGUAUGGAUUCCUGAGAGCAGUUGGAAAACAGAGGCUGCAGAUUUGUGGACUGCACUUUAGCCGUGAGAAAAAAAAAGAAAGAAAAAGAAAGAAAGAAAGAAAAAAUUCCUGAGACGGGAUCUAAGUUGGAGGUUUGCAUUUGUUUUUGCCAACACGUGCGCAUCAAUGAAUUUGUCCUCUCCGUGUUGAGUGAGUGAAUGUUUUGCAUCCUGGUGCGGGGCUCUAAGGAGGACUGCGCAUCACCAGAGUUGGUGCCGAAGUUCGGCCGCGAACGGAUGUGAGGAAACAGUGCCGAGUAAAACUCCCCCACUUGUUUUUGUUUUUUUUUCUUCUUCUUCUUCUUCUUCUUCAUCUUUUUUUUUCUCUCUCCUUCUUUUUGUCUCUCUCGCUUUGGCGUUGUGUUUGCUAAAACAAUAGUGAGUCAAAGACGCUGAAAGUGAUUUCAUGCCUUCAGUCUCGUACAACCUGAGAUGGACGUGAGAUUUUAUCCUGCGCCCCCGGCAAAUGUGGGUUCAUGCUCCCUGCCGACUGAUCCAAGUUGCUUGAGCUCGCUGGACUAUUAUCACUCGAACAAGGCCCGAUACAGUGUGGGUGAACGAGGGGUUAGGCUCCACACUGCACCCCCUUCAGGCAUCAGUUCUUCUAGGAAAAGACUGUCCACUGCUGUGUUUGAUGCUGACAACAUGUACAUGAAUGACAGUAACCAAGAGUUUCGGUCACCAAACCAGAGCUACACUAGUCAGGGCAGAGGCAGCAGUGGUGGUGGAGGAGGAGGAGCAGGGGAUGAAGACUACGAGAUUCCCCCCAUCACACCCCCGAACCAUGCCGACCCUUCUCUGCUGCAUCUCAUGGAGCAUGAGUCUGGAUACCCCUUCCACUCUCUGCCUCACAAUGGUCUGCUCAACACUUACUCCUACCCAGAGCUGCCCGCCCUCAUGAUGUCCAACAUGCUGGGUCAGGACACUCACCUCCUUUCUGGGCCUAUGCACUCGAUAAGCAGCGAGAAGCGAUCCUCAGCAGAAAUGAUGAAGCCCAAACCCAAACCUCAAAAGAAGAAGAAGAAGAAGGAUCCCAAUGAGCCACAGAAGCCUGUGUCAGCAUAUGCGCUCUUCUUCAGAGACACCCAGGCAGCUAUCAAGGGCCAAAAUCCCAAUGCCACCUUUGGGGACGUCUCUAAGAUUGUGGCCUCUAUGUGGGACAGUCUUGGAGAGGAACAGAAGCAGGGCUACAAGAGGAAAACUGAGGCGGCUAAGAAAGAGUACCUGAAAGCCUUGGCCGCAUACCGAGCCAGUCUGGUUUCCAAGACUUACAAUGACCCUGAACCAAAAAGUGCCCAGCAGACAAGCCAACCCUCCCACCUGCUGCCCCCCAAGCAGCCCCUGUACAGCAUGCCCCCUCAGCCCUCUUCACCGUACCUGGGCCCACCAGGCUCCUACCCACUUUCAGAGCUCCAGAGCUAUGGCGGACCACCCCGCCACACCCUGGCUUCAACCCUCAGCCAGAGCCAGAUGCUCCCACCUAGUAUGAGUGCCUCCCCCCCAGCACCCUUUCAGAUCAGUCCACCUCUGCAUCCUCACGCUCAGCUCUCCCUGAACCAGAGCUCCCUGCUCAAUCAGCCAAUCCGCAUGCAGCAGUCACAGCCAAUCAUCUCACACCAAAUGGGGCUCCAGCCAUCUCUGCAUUCCCCUCCUCUCAGCCAACAGGGAUUCUCCCAUCUUCAGGCUGAUUACCAGAACAGUGUUGGAGGCUCACAGUCUCCAGGGGCCCCCAAUCCAGUACAUGGCCAGAACCCUGACUGGGAAAGCGAGUACUGCAACAGGGACUGUGGACCCAACCAUUGCGGCGGUGGCAUGGGAGCUCGGGACAAGCCUCUCUACCUCACUUGAAGUUGAAUGACCUCCACAUGCCAGACUCCAGGGAGCUUUCCAACAUAACAAUAGCAUCAUCCACAUAACUGCUUUUACACCUUUUUGUUUUACUUCUUUUCUGAUGGAUUUGGAAAAUCCCAAAGACUGCUGCAGUAACUUCACUGAUUUGCCAAGCACUUAGAUCGGCCCAAGGCACUUCCCUUUCUUUUUUUCUUUUUUCUUUUUCUAAUCAGUGAAGUUUUUUUUAGGGCGCUUUAAGCUUAUGCCAACAAACUGGAAGACCCAAAAAUGUCUUCUCCUUUUGAUAUGAAUUUCUUUCAAAAAAUAUCUUUUCUUCUCUUUGCUCCAUUACUAUUUUUGCCAUGGAUUGCCCUUGGGGAGAUGAAAUUGCUCAAAGCAUACUCAAAAAGUAUAUGGGUCUUGGAUAAAAGAUCCAGUUCAGGAACUAGAAUAUAGUCACUUCUUUUAGGGUGAAUACACUUCAGGACAGUCUGAAACACCCCAAGAGAGGAAAAGCAAAGCAACAUUUUAAUGAAAGUAUAGUCACAAACACAUAAGACAUUUGUAAAUCAUCUUUCCUCUUAGUAAAGGACUCCAUCAUUUCCUUUAUUUAUCACAGAGUGAUUGUAAAUAUCACCAAAAACGAUCCCUCUUACGUGUGUAUUGAGCUGCAGUCCCUUGCUUUUUUUUUGUUUUAAUAUCCAUUUUGUUUGAUUAUGUGAUUUCUGUGCAGGAGGAUUCAGUGAGGGAAUACACACACUAAAACUCAUGUUGAAACUGUGUUCACUGGUCUUCUCUCUAAAUAAGAAGGAAAUGCAGAGACUGAAAAUGCUCAAUUUUCCUCCUCAGCUGGCAGAGCUCUGAAAGAGUGUCACUCUCUUCACAUGACCUCAGGACAUUGCAGAACUGUAGGGGUCAAAGAUUAAAACCUCUCCUUUUAGCUCCUCCCACUCUUUGUCAUUAAGGAACACCCCCACCUGUAACCCCACCCCACAACUCCCUUAGUCUCACACCACUUGUACAGGUGAAUAAAAAAAAAGUUGCUAAAUGUGAAAUGUUACUAAAGAAAAAAACAUAACAGUGGGUUUUAAAGUUUUUGACUAGUUUUAUUAGGUGUUUAGCAUUGUGUUGAACUCAUCUUUAUCUUUUUUUUGUGAGGAAAAAAAAUUCUCAAGACAUUUUGUUUUUUUCACUGUAGCAGGAUUUGCAUUUCAGCAGGACAGAAAAGGGGGUAAAUAUUUUAAUUUUGUGUAUAAACCUGCCAAACAUACUUCUUUAAUUUGUAAAGUCAGCGAUGAAAGAUCCCAUUUGAUUUUGUUUAAUAUGUUUUACAAUUUGGUCAUUCUAUUUAAUUUGGUUGCAGGUUUCACAUCUAUUUAUGAAUGAUAUGAAGUAAAAUUUUGGCUUAUUUCCAUCAUUAUUAUUAUUAUUAUUAUUAUUAUUAUCAUUAUUAUUAUUAUUAUUGAUCCAACAACAUUAUUAUUAGAAUAAUAAAUAUUUUUUUCAGAAAAGGUUGUUGGUGCAUUUCUCAUAUACUUGUACCAGCAUUAGCUUCAGUUUUGUGUCACAAAUACUUCUUUUUGUUUUCUUUUGUCUGUAAUAAAAUGUUUAAAGUGGAAAA